GUAGAGUAGGUAGGUACCAGGUACCUAUAGACUAGGUAUAGUUUUUCUCAAUUGCUUGUUAGCUCGUGCGAUUGAGAUAUUUUAUUAUUUAUUCAUAUUUUUCAAAAAGAAAACUAACAGUGCUUGCUUAUUACUUAAUUGAAAUAAAGUAUUUCUUGUUAUCUAACAAGGUUAAUGCGAUACCAACCAAUUAAUAUUCAGUUAUGAUAAGAAGUAAAUGCUCUAUUUACUUGCUCGUUUGGUGAUUGAAGAUGCCUCCUCGAAUAAUUCUUUUAUUCAGUGGUAAAAGAAAAUCUGGAAAGGACUAUUUAACUGAUAAUCUCCAAAAGCUUUUAUCAGACAGAUGUGAAAUAGUAAAAAUAUCACAGCCAAUAAAAAGUCACUGGGCCAGGGAGAAAAAUUUAAAUUUGAAUGAAUUGCUUGGCGAUAGUGAGUACAAAGAACAGCACCGAUUGGACAUGAUACGGUGGAGCGAAGAGAUGAGAGAUAAAGAUUACGGCUGCUUUUGUAGGCAAGCAUGCCACAAUGCUGCAGAUCGUCCCAUUUGGAUAGUUAGUGAUAUAAGACGCAAAACAGACAUAGCUUGGUUCAAAGAUAACUAUGGAGACCUCAUAAGAACUAUAAGGAUAACAGCUGAUGAGCUGACAAGGCAGUCCCGAGGGUACCAGUUUAAGGCUGGUGUUGAUGAUGUCUCGUCGGAAUGUGAUCUUGAUGAUUAUACAGACUGGGACCUCAUCAUAGACAAUGGAAAAGAAAGGCAGCAAUUACAAGAACAGUUGGGCAGUAUAUUAGGGUUAUUGUCACAUUUAUAGCUAUUUAAAUAAUUUGAGGGUAUAUACAUUUUGUAUCCACUAUUAGUAUUAAUUAUGAUGACUAUUUUAAUUAAUUGAUAUAUAUAUAAUAUGGCCGUGUACAUGCUCAUUAUCUUGGUGUGAUGACCUUAUUUUUAAUUAGAGAUAUUGUUUGUUCUCUGUAGCAAAGAUUAUGUUGAUUUGGUUGUUAUUUUUCUAAGUACAUAUUCAGUAGAUAAAUCAGUUUUGAUUAAUACAUAUUCAUUCCAUUCUGGCUGUAUAUAUUAUCAGAAACCAUUCCACAUUGCUAUGUUUUGAGGAAAUUAGUUUUGUAUUUUGGUGGAAAUAAAUUAAUUUGAGAAUG